CGCGGGGCGCGCGGGCUCCGCCGGGUCCUAGUGUACGCCGCUCUCUCCCGGCAGACCUCGGCGACCCGGACGGCGCUCACUCGCGGCUCCCGGCUCCCCAGUGCCGGGGUGACCCCGCAGCGGCUGCCACCCGCCCAGCGCCAUGAGGAGCGCGCGCCCGUUGCUCCUCUUCUCCCUGGUCGCCCUUUGCGGGCGCGGGGACUGCCGCCGGGCCAAUGCUGAGGAGAAGCUGAUGGAUGACCUUCUGAAUAAAACCCGCUACAACAACCUGAUCCGCCCAACCACCAGUUCCUCGCAGCUCAUCUCCAUCCGAGUGGAGCUCUUGGUGGCCCAGCUCAUCAAUGUGAAUGAACGAGAACAGAUCAUGACCACCAACAUCUGGCUGAAACAGCAAUGGACUGACUAUCGCCUGGCCUGGAACAGCUCCUGCUAUGAAGGGGUGAACAUCUUGAGGAUCCCUGCAAAGCGUGUCUGGUUGCCUGACAUCGUGCUGUACAACAACGCUGAUGGGAUCUAUGAAGUAUCUGUCUACACCAACGUCAUUGUGAAUUCCAAUGGCAGCAUCUAUUGGCUGCCCCCUGCCAUCUACAAGAGUGCCUGUAAGAUUGAGGUAAAGCACUUUCCUUUCGACCAACAGAACUGCAGCCUCAAGUUUCGCUCCUGGACUUAUGACCACACAGAGAUCGACAUGGUCCUUGGGUCACCCAUGGCCACCAUGGAUGACUUUACCCCCAGCGGUGAGUGGGACAUAGUGGCCCUCCCAGGACGAAGGACAGUGAACCCACAGGACCCUAGCUAUGUGGACGUGACCUACGACUUCAUCAUCAAGCGCAAGCCACUGUUCUACACCAUCAACCUCAUCAUCCCCUGUGUGCUCAUCACCUCGCUGGCCAUCCUCGUCUUCUACCUGCCCUCCGACUGUGGCGAGAAGAUGACCCUGUGCAUCUCCGUGCUGCUGGCACUCACCUUCUUCCUCCUGCUCAUCUCCAAGAUCGUGCCGCCCACUUCCCUUGAUGUGCCACUCAUUGGCAAGUACCUUUUGUUCACUAUGGUGCUGGUCACCUUCUCCAUCGUCACCACCGUGUGUGUCCUCAACGUGCACCACCGCUCACCUAGCACCCACACCAUGGCAUCCUGGGUAAAGCAGUGCUUCCUGCACAAGCUGCCCACCUUCCUCUUCAUGAAGCGCCCUGGUCUUGAAGUCAACCCAGCCAAGGUCCCCUAUCCCAGCCAGUUGCAUUUGACCACAGCCGAAACUGCGGCCACCUCUGCCUUAGGCCCCGCCAGCCCCUCCAACCUCUAUGGGAGCUCCAUGUACUUUGUGAACCCUGUCCCUGCAGCGCCCAAGUCAGCCGCCAGCUCCCAUACAACAGGCCUCCCCAGGGAUGUCCGGCUGAGGUCCUCAGGGAAGUUCCAGCAGGACCUGCAGGAGGCUUUAGAAGGUGUCAGCUUCAUAGCCCAGCACAUGAAGAGUGAUGACCAGGACCAGAGUGUCAUUGAGGACUGGAAGUUUGUGGCCAUGGUGGUUGACCGGCUGUUCCUGUGGGUAUUCAUGUUUGUGUGCAUCCUGGGCACCAUGGGACUCUUCCUACCUCCCUUCUUCCAGACCUAUACCCCUUCUAAGGCCCCCUAGUCUACCCAGCAUGUCAAGGGCCCCUGGGUUCUAGUGGGAGAUGACGUGAACAGCCAAGUGGGAGGUUUGCUGCUUCCUCCGGGUCACAGCUGAAUAAAUAAAUAAAUAUGUAAUCAUUGGCAGUCAAUCCCAUCAAGCCAGCCACAGCCAUGAGAGGAAUAAGAAUGGAUGGCUUGCAUGGUCCUCUCUGAAUGCCUCUGAGGAAGUCCCUGCAGGAGAGGGCUUCAGAGUCUAAAGUCCAGCCUCUCUUCCGUCCAUGUACCAAGCACUGGAGUCAGACAGACAUACUAGCGGCACCUGCUGUGCCAGACAUCAUGCCCACCACAGUGGCCUGCCUUUCCACUCCCAUCUCCUGCUACUCCCUCCUUCUUUCACUUCCGCACACAGUUCUAGAUUCUUCCAGCUCAGAGCCUUUAUAUCUGCUGUACCUUCUACCCAAACCUGCUCAGACUCAAGCUUCCCAAGCUUUUCACGUGGCUGUGUUCAUCAGGGCCUUGCUCCCAUGGUCCUCUGCUCCAAUGUCACUUUCCUGUAGAGGCCUUCCCUAGUCACACAUUCCAAAGCAGUCUCACCAAUGACUGUUAUCUGCCACCUUCCUGAGCCCCCUCAGCACCUGCAGGUCUUACCCAGCCGCAUGCUAAUCAUCUAUAUCUGAGUGUGAACUCCACUAGGACAGGGGCUUGUGUGCUCAUGUUCACUCCAGGGCUUGGGGAAGAGCUCUGCACACAGCAGGUGCAAAAUAAACGUUUGUUGAAGAAAUGAAUGGCUCCUUCUUUAAGCUCACAGGUGCCCUCUGAGUAGUUGUCCUUGGUCCCCAACCCUGGAAGGAGUGGCCCUAUCUUUCGGGACACCACAGCUCGGGCUACUUUCUGCCUUUCCAUUACAGCUGGUUCAGGUCUGUUUUUCACUCUCACACACGCUAAUCCAUUCCUCUCACAAUGCCUGGCCCAUUGUAGGCACUCAAGAUGUUUGUAGAAUGGAGGGCAUAUUCUAAAGAGUUGUUUCUAGAAUUAUAACACAAUAAA